CCGCCGUCGAGUUGUCCAAGCAUUCGGUGUUUUGAAUGUGGUUGCGAGGAUCGUCCUGCGCUCGACGCCUCGUUCCUCACGUCAAGCAGAUGAGCACGGUCGCGACGAUCGAUCAAGAGUCCACGCGUUUGGCUUUUGCCGAUAUUAUUGGCGACGAGAGCUUGCGAGGUAAAUGGAUGAGCCAAGGCCCAAUUCUCGAGCGCAUGGACAUGAUCGGCGCGGCGAUUGCUUGCAAGGCCACUCAGGGUGGGUGUGCCACCGUGAGUUUCGAUCAAGUCGAGUCGCACGUUCCCGUGUAUCACGGCGACUUGUUUCAACUGGAAGGACAGAUUCUCAAUAUCAACAACACGUCGACGUCAAUCCAUCUGUCAGGGUAUCGCGUGGACAUGUUGACUGGGACUACGACACACACGCACGACGCGAUCCUGACUUUUGUCGCGGUUGAUAAGGAUGGACGUCCGCGAUCGGGACUGCCCAGGCUCGUGUCUCCAUCGAACCCUUACUUUGUUUCAUUGAUGGCCAAAAAAGCUGCUCAGCGAAAGGAACUCGGUGCACGAUGGCGCACGAUCCAAGAAGAGGUCGACAAGCUUCCAUACGUGAGCAAAGACAUGCUUGUCGUGAACCCGCUCGACGCGACGCGGACAACUUUCGUGCCGGUCAAGGCCACCCUGGUUGAAGUUCAGAACUUGUUCUUGCCCAAGCACUUGAACAUGAACAACACGAUAUUUGGCGGCGAAAUCCUCCAGUGGAUGGACAAAGUCGCCGUCUUCUGCGCGCGCAAGUUCACCAAGAACGUCCACAUGGCGACGAUCUCAAUGAAUCGCAUUGUGUUUCAGCUGCCCAUCACGACCAACGACGUUGUGAGCAUGAAAGCCCGCGUCGUCAUGGCACGGUAUGAGCUUGGAUUGUCGUGCAUCAAACUGUCACACAUGCGCACAGUCGCCACACGUUGGAGGUGGAAGUGGAAGUGUUCAUCGAGCGCCUCGGCAAGUCGGAGAAGCGCAAGUCGCACACGGCUUACUUCACUGUAAUCAACCUCAACAUUGGUCAGCUCAAAGACCCAAUCAAGACAGGGCUGUUCGUCGACGAAGACGACCAGGAGAGCAUGCGCCUCCUCCUCAAGGCACAACGGCGGUGGGCAUUUCAAACCGAACAGAACUCUGUGCACGACGUGCCGCCACUCCCCAUGACAUCCAACCUUUAAGAAGCUCCUAGAGUCGAGCUCAGAGCGUAAUCGAGACUUUCCGAGUCUCUUGUCGACCUCCUUUUCCACUAACCUCGGCCCGCACUCUCGCUGCACCUUACAGUGUGGCAGGGAAGUUCCGUGGAAGUAUCCCUGCCGUUGUAAUAUCCGAAAUCUAUGAUAAUUAUCCGGAUA